AUGGAGCCGGACGUUUCGGCGCCGGCCGGCAUGUUUACCGUCCAGCAGACGCCGUCCACCGUGCUGUGCUGCCUGUGCGGCACGGCCAUGCCGCCCAACCCGACCGGCAUGUGCCCCGGCUGCAUCCGCACGCACGUCGACAUCACCGAGGGCCUCCCGCGCCGCCUGUCGGUGAUGCGCUGCCCGCCGCCGUGCGGAAGGUUCCUCGCGCCGCCGCGCGCGUGGAUCCGCGCGGAGCUCGAGUCUAAGGAGCUCCUCACGUUCUGCCUCAAGCGCAUGAAGAAUCUGAACAAGGUGAAGCUGGUGGACGCGUCCUUCAUCUGGACUGAGCCACACUCCAAGCGAAUCAAAAUCAAGGUGACGAUCCAAAAAGAGGUUUUGUCGGGCGCUGUGCUGCAACAGACGUUCGUGACGGAAUACGUGGUGGAGGACCACAUGUGUGAUGCGUGCACACGGUCAGCUGCCAACCCCGACCAGUGGGUGGCGGUGGUGCAGCUGCGGCAGAAGGCGGAGCACAAGCGCACGUUUCUCUUCCUGGAGCAGCUUAUAUUGAAGCAUGGUGCCGACGCCAACACCAUCAACAUCCGCCAGGUGCACGACGGCAUUGACUUUUACUACGCCAAUCGCUCCCACGCUCAGAAGUUUGUUGAUUUCGUGUCGGCCGUGGUGCCAGCUCAGCACCGGAGCGACAAGCAGCUGGUGUCUCAUGACAUCCACACGGCCUCGUACAACUACAA